AUGGAGGUACAACGACCAAGAAUACCAAAAGAUGGUCCCGGGCCGAGGGGGGCACCUGAUUGUUAUUAUACAUCCCGAUUACUGAACUCGACGUUUCGUUACGUGAAAUUUGUUAAAAAACUUCGUGCCGAAGAAGAGGAGCAAAGACGGGGAAAUGAGAAUAAGCUGAAGGAACUGAAGGACAAGCAGAAUAGCGAUUUCUUUAUACGAUGCGAUCGGAGGUCACUUAUAAACAACGUCGCUCGCAGAGUUGAUUUGUGCAUGGCGUCGUAUGAAGAAGAUCUGAAGCAGAAAAGACAGAAGUUAAUAGAUCUAUACGCGUUCGAAGAAGAAGAGAAUAUACGUAAAUUCAUAGAGCAAGCUCAAUCCGGCGCCGCCGCAAUAUGGGAAGAUAAGAAAAAUCGUUUGCAAUAUCUCUUGGCCAAAAGGAAGAAGGAACAUGAGGAGAAAUAUAAGGACACGCCGCUAUCAAAAUGCGCUCACGUUUUACCCUGCAUAUACAAACUGCGCGCAAAGGAAGCGCAAGAAAUUCAGUUGUACCAAAUAAAAGAAAAGGAAGCUCGGAAAAUGGCUGAAAAAGAGUUCGACAAGAUGUGGUAUGAAGUUACCAUGAAGGAGUCUGAAGCUCUGGCGGCUCGUAUGGAACAAGACGCGAUAGAGCGUUUCCGUCGAGACCUCGACUGCAAGAAGUACACGGACUACCAGCUGGAGCAGAGGAGGAUUCAAAGGGAGAAAGAGAGGGACAUGCUGAGAGAAGAGUCUAGAAGAUUCAAGGCAAUGUGGGACGAGGAUAUUAGGAAGGAGCAGGAAGCCGAAAACAAGCGCGCCGAACAACGCAAAGAGACAGCGAGAGAACGCAAGAGAAUGAUCGAAGAGAGAGAAGAGACGUUAGCCAGACAGCACGCGGCCGACCAGCUCAUCGCGGACACGUGGGACUCGCUCGCCGGACAGGGGCUGGCUGAUGAGAAGGCGCACAUUCUCUUGCGGAGACGGAAAGAGGCUGAAUUGGACGAGUGCAAUAGAAAGUUACUAGAGCUGAAGAAGCAGUACGAAGACAUGGACAGACUGUCGGAAGGGCCGCUCGCGGAGGAGGCGAAGAGGAGACAGGAGUAUAUAGAUAACAAGAGAUGCGAAUACUUGGCGUGGGCGCAGAAAACGAAUCGGGAAGUACGUCAAGCAAUGAUCGAACAAAUAAAGGAUCGUGAAAAAGCCAGAGAGCAACUGAAAGAGAAGCUCGCGGAACAAGACGAGUACCAGAGACAAUUGUUCGAGCAACUAGAGAAGUUGGUCGACCAUAAACAAUAUACAGACGCGCAAAAGCGGAAGCUGCACCAGAGACAAUUGGUGGAACAGAUUGAAUAUAAUAAACUGUUGAAGGAGCGGGCUCGUCAAGAGGAAUUGGACCAGAUCAGAAAAUGUCAGCUCGCGACAGAGGAAUAUCAGAGGGAAAUUAACAGGAUGCUUUCUAGACCAUUCUACAGCGAGGAAGUGCAUCCAUUCAUGAAACAAAUUGCAAAAGGACCAAAAAUGCGGGAAAAAUGUCCCUGUUCGAAACCAGACUAUUGUAAAUGA